CUGAUCCGGUAAAUCAGGUGUAUGGUUAUUAAAAAUAGACGUGUUUUGCAUUUGUUUUUAUUUUCAAUUUUGAUCUAGAAUAUCGCUUUUGAACAUAAAGGAAAACGUUUCAAAAAUAGCUCAUGCAAAUGCGUCAGAAGUCGUCCAUGCAGACGUGCCCACAAAAAGAUAGUGCACAAAUGAUUGCUAAUCAGAGAACUUUAAAAUAGAACAUAAGCUAAGUGGGUUUUAAUAGAGAUUUUAUUUUUGCUCACUUUCGAAAUAAGAUAAUUUUGUCACAAAAUUGUGUAAAUUUUUAGUGUAAAGGAGUGUAAUUAAUUAGCAUCGACAUAAGCCGAGUCUCUCGAACAUAUCAGUCGUUCGAGGACUCGUUGACUGCUAAGAACGUGAAAAUCAAUGCCAACUUUUCUGCGCACGCAAGAGUUUGACAAGCUCUUAGUCGCUUUCCGCAGCGCAGAGCUGCUGGCGCCAAACGCUUUGAAAGCUACUUCCGAUAUCCAACGCACUGGGAAGUGCAAUAAACAGGCGAACAGCAGUAUGAAGCAAAAUGUACCAAAUGGCAAAGCCAUUAAACGAGGCGAUCGCCUACUUACCGAAAAACCUUUUGCGUUCGUACUGCAAGCUAGAUAUCGUAAAGAGCGUUGCGACAACUGCUUGCAAUCCUGCAAAGUGCUGAAAUGUGCCAAUUGCCAAUAUGUGUACUACUGUAGUCGUGACUGCCAGAUGCAAGGUUGGGUGCUGCAUAAAAUAGAAUGUCCAUUCCUAAAGCGCAUUUAUCCCCGUAAUGUGCCCGAUGCUGCCCGCAUGCUUUGUAAACUAAUCAUAAAAUUAGACAAAGGAGGUGAUCUGGUACGUGGUUAUUACACACAAACUUGUUCACGUCGUUUUCGUGAUAUGAUGUCACAUUAUGCUGAAAUAAAGAAUGAUGCACGACGCCUAGAGCAUUUAGAGUCUUUAUAUGGAGUACUGCAGGAAAUGAUGGGUGACAGUGUAAUCGUGCCAAAUCUAACGGAAUUGACAAGUAUCUAUGGCAGGUUAAUAACGAAUGGCUUCAGCAUACUCGAUCCUGAAAUGAACUCAAUUGCCACUGCAAUUUAUCUUGGCGUCUCGGUAACAGAUCAUAGUUGCAAACCUAAUGCAGUUGCCACUUUUGAAGGUACUACGCUGCAUAUACAUGCAAUCGAAGAUAUCGAAUGUUUGGAUUGGUCCAAGAUCUUUAUCAGCUAUAUAGAUUUAUUGAACACGCCGGCACAACGACGCGCUGAACUGCAAGCGAAUUACUAUUUCUUUUGCAUAUGUGCGAAAUGCACAAAUACGACGGAGACGCAUGAAAUGCUUGCAGCUGCUUGCGCCAAUAAGAAUUGUAAUGAAUUUUUGGAUAUAAAUCUCAAUAAUUGCCCGCGCUGUGAUGCUGGCGUCAGUCCGAAACACCGCAAUGCGUAUAACGAGGCAAUGACAAUCACGAAAACACAUUUGGAGCAUAUGAAGGAUAUCGCCUAUCUGGAUGUGUGCAAAUUAUGCCUUGCCAAGCAAAAAGGGUACGUGCAUCCACUAAAUGUUUGGCAUUUAAAGACAUUAGAUGCGGCUUUUGAAGCCGCUAUCGAUGUUUCUAAGUGGGAAGAAGCUUUAGAGUUUGGCAAGGAGCUCGUACCAGGUUUUCGCAAAUAUUAUGGCGACUGGCAUCCACUAUUGGGUAUGCUUCAUUUGAAAAUUGGAAAAAUUCAAUUGUAUAAAUGUCAGCUAACAGAGGCAAUAAACAAUUUGAAGGAGGCACAAAAAAUAUUACAAAUAACGCAUGGUCAUGAUCAUAGCCUGUUGCGUGAGCAAUUAAAACUUAUGCUAGCGCAGGCCUUAGCUGAAAGUUUGUAAUUUAUUAUUACUUUUGUGCAAUUAUGUGCAUAAUUAUAUCACCUUUAUGUAGUUUACUUCAGGUAGUUUGUAAGAAAUGUAAAAAUAAAAAAAAAAAUAUU